AUGGCGGCAAAAACCGCCGACGAGCUCUCGAAGCUCGCUUUGAACGGCACCGCCACGAAGCCCAACCCACAGACACACGGUACAAACGGCGUUAAUGGUCAUCUAUCGGAUCAGGACGACUCCGACGAUGACAAGGAUGACGAUGCCACCGCCAACGCCGGAGGCGCAGACGGCAACACGGCCAGUGGCGCUGCAAAGAAGAAGAAAAAGAAGAAGCCAAAGAAGAAGAAGGCCACUCCAAAAGUCCAAUCUGACCCGCCGCGCGUGCCCCUCAAAGAUCUCUUCCCCAACAACACAUACCCUGUUGGCCAGGAGGUGGAAUACAAAGAUCACAACGCGUUCCGCACCACAAACGAGGAAAAACGUCACCUCGAUCGUAUGAACAACGACUUCCUGCAGGAAUACCGCAAGGGUGCAGAAGUGCAUCGUCAAGUGCGCAAAUGGGCGCAUGCAAAUAUCAAACCAGGCAUGUCCCUGACGGAGAUUGCGGAAGGGAUCGAAAACGGCACUCGCGCUCUCACCGGACACUGGGGGCUUGAGGAGGGCGACAACAUCAAGGGCGGCGUAGGUUUCCCGACAGGAUUGAGCAUCAAUCACAUUGCGGCACACUACACCCCUAAUGCAGGAAACAAGUGGAUUCUGGGGGAGCAGGACGUUAUGAAAGUUGAUUUCGGCGUCCAUGUGAAUGGCAGGAUCGUCGAUUCUGCGUUCACCGUGUCGUUCGAUCCCAAAUACGACAAUCUCCUGGCUGCGGUCAAGGAUGCCACGAACACGGGUGUGCGGGAAGCCGGCAUCGAUGUGCGUGUUGGUGACAUUGGCGGGAUGAUCCAAGAAGUCAUGGAGUCGUAUGAAGUCGAACUCGAUGGAAAGACAUACCCUGUCAAGUCUAUUCGGAAUCUCAACGGGCAUGAUAUCGUCCAACACAGCAUCCAUGGCGGCAAGUCCGUCCCCAUUGUUAAGAGCCAUGAUCAAACGAAAAUGGAAGAGGGCGAGAUCUUCGCAAUCGAAACGUUCGGAUCGACCGGUCGUGGAUACGUGACCGAUGAUCUGGAAGUCUCCCACUACGCCCUCCGCGCUGAUGCGCCGAACGUACCCUUGCGCGUCCAAUCCGCGAGGAACUUGCUGAACGUCAUCAAGAAGAAUUUUGGGACUAUUCCCUGGUGCCGACGAUACUUGGACAGGCUAGGCCAGGAGAAGUACUUACUCGGCCUCAAUAAUCUCGUUAGCUCGGGCAUUGUGGAAGCAUAUCCGCCGCUGGUGGAUGUGAAAGGCAGUUACACCGCUCAAUUUGAGCACACUAUUCUGCUGAGGCCUACGGUGAAAGAGGUUGUUAGUCGAGGCGACGACUAUUAG